AUGACACUUGAAACUACCACCAUUCAUACUAUAGCACAUGCUUCUUCUCAAAUUCUGUCAGCUUUAAAGCAAAUUUUGGAUCUAACUCCAAACUUUGAAGAACUUCAGAAAAUUGACAAAAACCCGGAUACAUCAAACGAAAUAAGAGGCCGCAUUAAUAACGGUAAUUUUCAGCUUGCAGUGAUGUUGAAAUCAUUAUAUCAAAAGAAUAAGCUUCCAAUUCUAAAUGAAAUCUUAGAUCCCAAGCUUGCCAGUAGGCUAUCCCUUGAUUACAUCAAGCGGUUCGAUGCCAAAGCCAAUUCAACAUUACAAACAAAGGCCUCUGAGAAUGUUGAUCCUGAGAAGGAUGUUUACAAAUUCAUUGAGAAAAAUAGUAAGCAUUAUCCUCCCUCAAUCCCACCCAUUAGAAAUCAUUCAUUGGAGGUGAAAGUAUUCACACAUAAAUCGUUAUCAAGAGCAGAUGCUUCACAAGACGAAAAGAUUAGUUUCACUAAUGAGAGGCUUGAAUUUCAAGGUGAUUCUGUGUUAAAUUUUAUAAUGACUGAUAUUAUUUGCGAAUGGUUUCCAAGCUAUGACCAAGGUCAGUUAUCUUCAUUAAGACAAUCGCUCAUUAAAAAUGACCGAUUGGUGGAAUGGUCAAAAUUAUACAGACUCGAGAAAAAGUUAUGUACCUCAAAAGUGUUAAAUAUCAAUGUGUCAGGAGAUGAAAUGGCUAAACGUUAUGCCGAUGUGUUUGAAGCGUAUGUUGGUGCGUUGUGGGAAGAAAACCAGUCAUCGAGUUUCCACACCAUAAAGCAAUGGCUCAAGAUGUUGGCCAUUCCUGUGAUCAAGAACCAUUUAAAAACUUCAGGCGUACCAGCAGUUUUGAAUUCUGCGAAUUCUCAACCUUUAUGUCAGAUGUCUGUGACAACAGUCGAUCAGAGAAACUACGUUGGUGAACUAUAUUCAUUGGUGGGUUAUGCUGCUAAUCCCCCAAAAUAUGAUAUCCGAAGAUUGAGCGAAACUCAUUUCGUAGCUACCGUUUCAAUAAGUGGUGAAGAGCUAGGGACCGGAGAUGCAAGAAACACAAAACUUGCGAAAAAGGCGGCGGCCAAGGACGCUUUAGAAAACCACAAGGACUUGGUUCAAAAGUAUCAUGAUAUCAGACUGAAGAUUCCAAAGAAUGAAUCAAUUGGUUCCAAGCUUAACGAGCCUCAGGGAGAUAAACCACAUAAUAAUAGCUCCAAGAAAAGCCACGGUGUGGGUAAGAAAGAUGCCCAAGCUGCUAAAAUGAAGAGGGGAUUUAAUGAUCUUUUGAAGGAUAGUGGAGAUUGGGAUUCGAAGUCACAACAGAAGAAAUCAAAACACAAAUAA